AUGAAUUACUGUACCGAUUCAAAUGAAUACUGGUUUUAUAAUUGGAAUCAAUCUUCACAGAUCGUUAUCGUUGAUGGUGAUGUCGAGCAAAUUCAUUUUUCAAUACCAAUACCAUUAUGUAAUGCUUGCCCAGGUCGAACAAUCCCAUACUCGGAUCCCACCGGAUCCCAUCGAAUCCCAUCGGAUCCAAUACUGAAUUUUAUCGGAUCCUACAGGAAUUCGACGGAUCCGAUGCAUGGAUUUCCUGGAUUUUCUAAGGGUCAUCAUAGAAAAUAG